AGGUGGAAUGACCAGGCCUGGGACUCUUGGGUCCCUCUGCAGUGUUGGGAGACAUGGCAGCAGCUGGCGGGGUCCUCAGGGCCUGGGGGAGCCUGGUGCUGUUGGGCCUGUGCAGCUGGACAGGGGCCAGGGCAGCCGACCUCAAACCAGGUUCAGUCAGGAACCUGACAGUGGAGGCUUGGACCAACAGCUCUGUCACCCUGAGCUGGGCAGCCCCUGAUGACCUGGACGUGCAGAACUACACUUACUGGGUACAGUGCACUGGAGCUGGAUAUUACAAAAAUGAAACCCAAAACACCACAAGUACCAGUUGCACAGUGGGUGAGCUUCAAGCAGCAUCCAAGUAUGAACUUUCUGUGUGGGCAGAGAAGGACGGAAAAGAUGGCCCCAAGCUGAAUCUCACGGCUGCCACAGCCCCCAACCCAGUGAGAAACUUGAGUGUGGAGGGUCAGACCAAUAGCUCUGUCAUGCUACACUGGGAAGUGCCCGAGGGCCCAGACCCACAGAACUACACCUACUGGGUCCAGUGGAUUGGAGAUGGUGGCACACCUGAGAACCGAAGCACAGCAGACACGAGGGUGACAGUGGAUGCACUUGAACCUGGAUCCUACUAUGAAUUUUGGGUGUGGGCACAGAAGAAUGAAGUCAACAGCUUCAAGGAGACUCAAAAUGCCACCACAGCUCCCAAUAAGGUCAUGGACCUGCAGAACAAAACUCAGACCAACAACUCCAUCACCCUGUGGUGGAAGGUCCCUGCAGGCCCCCACGCUCAGCAAUACGUAUACUGGGUACAGUGGGCCUGCAGGGGACAUCCCCAAAGGGAGCAAGAUUGCCAAGGAGAUUGGGCCAACCAGACCAGCAGGACCAAUGAGACCUGGUACAAGGUGGAGGCCCUCCAGCCAGGGACUCUGUACAACUUCAGCGUGUGGGCAGAGAGAAAGGGCGCAGCCAGUUCCACACAGAGUCUCCAGGCAUCCACAGCCCCAGAGUCGGUCCUCAUCACCUCUUGCACCAGCACCUCAGGGGGCUAUGGGGUCAUCCUUACUUGGUCCUGCCCCUCGGGAGGCUAUGAGGCCUUUGAAUUGGAGGUGGGAAGGCAGCAAGACUCGUGGGACAGCUCUUCAUGUGAAAGGGACGUGCCUGUGUUGGGCCUUGGGCCAGCUAAGUCCUACCCAGCCACUGUCACCACCGUGUGGGACGGAAUGAGGGCCCCAUCUGCUCUGAUGACCUGCCAUACAGAAAGCACAGGGGUCACUGCUGGAGCCAUUGUGGGCGUCCUCCUGCUGCUCAUCCUUGUGGGUCUGCUGGUUUUCUACCUAAGGAGAAGGAAUAGGAGGAGCCAAGAGAAAGCAGCCUCCCAGGAUCCGGGCUUCAGUUUCCCUGGGGACAUCCUGGCCAAAGACUUUGCUGACCACGUCAGGAGGAAUGAGAAAGACAGCAAUUAUGGCUUUGCAGAGGAGUACCAGCAACUGGCCCUGGCGGGCCAUGGCCAGUCUCAGAUGGUGGCCUCGGCUCCAGGGAACAGUGCCAAGAACCGCUACAGAAACGUUCUGCCCUACGACUGGUCCCGGGUGCCCCUGAAGCCCCUCCACGGGCAGCCAGGCUCUGACUACAUCAACGCCAGCUUCAUGCCUGGUCUCUGGAGCCCCCAGGAGUUCAUUGCAACCCAGGGUCCCCUGCCACACACCGUGGGUGACUUCUGGCGCCUGGUAUGGGAACAGCAGAGCCAUACCCUGGUUAUGCUGACUAAUUGCAUGGAGUCAGGCCAGGUGAAGUGUGAGCAUUAUUGGCCCCUGGAUGCUCAACCCUGCAUCCAUGGACACCUGAGAGUAACCCUGAUGGGUGAGCAGGUGACAAAGACAUGGGCAGUGCGGGAUCUGCAGGUCUUCCAGGUGGAGGAGCAGAAGAUGUUAUCCGUGCGUCAAUUCCAUUACCUGGCCUGGCCAGAUCAUGGUGUCCCUCAUUCCCCAGACCCCUUGUUGGCCUUCUGGAAGAUGCUCCGGCAGUGGCUGGACCAGGAGGCCAUGGAGGGGGGCCCACCCAUUGUGCAUUGCAGUGCUGGUGUGGGUCGCACCGGCACCCUCAUUGCCUUGGAUGUCCUGCUCCGGCAGCUGGAGUGCGAGGGCCUCGUGGGGCCCUUCACCUUUGUGAGAAAGAUGAGAGAAAGCCGGCCACUGAUGGUGCAGACGGAGGCCCAGUAUGUAUUCCUGCACCAGUGCAUCCUGCGGGCUCUCCAGCAGUCAGCCCUGGCUGAGAGCGAGGCUGAGUAUGACAGUGUGGCAGAUCACAUCUACGAGAAUGUGGCACAUCACAUCUAUGAGAACGUGGCUGCCAUCCAGGCCCAGGAGAUGGAGGCCAGAGCUACAAGAGAGCUCUGAGCAGGCAGCCUGGCUACACUGAGGCUCUGGAUUGCCACUUGAGCCCAGAUUUCUGAAGGAGCAGAGGGUUAGGGGUCCAGACUCCUGACCCCUGUGGGAAAAGGGACUGAGAACCUAAACCCCAGGGGAGAGAGGACCCAGAUUUCUGACUUAUAGAAGCAGAAGGGUGGUAGCUUAGAUUUCCUAGUUAUUUGAGGGAGAAGGAAGCGGGGGAGGGGGAGAGAGGGGUACAGGAAGAAUGAGGCUGGAACCUGGAUUCCAAGGAAGGAAGGAGUUAGGGUCUGGAAUUCUGGCCACCCAAGGAGCAAGAGCAGGCAAGAUCCUGCCCCACUUUCACAUCAGAAAAGAAAUCAGUCUUCUAAGACCUGGGGUUGGAGGGAGCUCCCUUGCCUGAAGUCUCCCUGAACCUCACAUCUGUAUGUAUUUUCCCUUCUAUCCCAUAAUUUAUUAAAUCACUGUU